AUAAAACACACUUUGACGCUUGAACGAAAAAUGACAGUGAUAGUAAAAUUGAGGUUAAUGGGGUUUGUUUUGAUGAUUUUAGGUUGUUUUAAUUGUUGGUGUUGAUAAUUAUGUUAUUGCAAAAUACUCUUUAAAUAAAAACAUUUUACAAGUUGUUAAAAGUAAUUGUGAUAAAUAGGGCAAAUGAACAUGUCAUCACUACUUUUUUCGUUGCCGGAGUUUUAUAACUCCUACAAAGCUUGGGUCAGCAAAAAUCCAACAUCUGUAGGUGAUUGGGAAAAUAUUGCAAAAUGGGUAUCAUAUUUUGUAGCAGGAAGAUUAAAUAACUCCCAAAUAGUAUCUGAGCUUAUAUAUUGCCUCUCAAAUCUACUGGUAAUGCUAAAUGAUAUAAUAAUAAAAAAAUCAACCCAUAUCUAUUCAACUGCUCCAGCAGACAAGGUGAAGCUAUGGCUAACAGUUGUUGAAUACUCUGAAGUGUUUCUGGAGUUAACGGCUACAAAUUUGUGUGGGAAUGUUGGAAAAUGGAUUGUUGUUACAUCAAUACAGAUAUUUAAAUGUGUGUCAAGAUUAAUACUAAUAUAUCAUUAUAAGGAGAGUAUGGUAGAGCAUCCACCAAUUCCAUCAUUAAACAGACAAAAUUUGAAGAACCCCAACUGCUCAAAUUCAAUAGCUGAUACAUCUUGUGGGCAGUUUGAAGCUGUUUCAUUUACUUUGAGGAGGUCAGGACGUAUUAUAAGAAAAGUGGAUGCUGCACCACCAGUAGGAAUAAGAACCUGGAAACCAUUACAACCACCACCCAACUAUAGUUGUGAGAACGAUCAGAGUAUUGAACAGGCCUUAGUUGGCAAACAGCUUAUAGCAGAGAUCAUUUUCAUUGUAAAACCUAUGGUACACUUGGCAUCAAUGGCAUGUUUUGGAACUAGAGCUUGGAAACCAUACUUCAUAGCACUUGCUAUCGAUUUGAGCAGCCGCGCUGAAGUUUGACACUCGACAGCCAACUAUCAGUUGAGAAAGACGCACCAGAUCGGUGCAAGAUCAACUGUAAGUACAUCGCAUUGCAGGAGCUGGUUUACUCAGUAGUCCAAGAGACCAAGAGAUGGCUUGUGGAGUAGUACAGUGAUGGUUCUACAAGCUUGCAGUUAUACAAAUCCUGCAAAAGAAACAGCUUGUCAACAUUAACUCAGCAGCAAAGAUUGCAGCUAUCAAAAAGGACACUGCUUCUAGUGAUGUACUUGGUGAGAUCUCCGAUGUAUGAAAAAUACAGCAAAGACAAAAUCAAUGGUCUACUGUUAGGUUUAAGCAAGUAUGUACCACUAGCGAGGUUGAUAUGUGACCCAUUGAGUCAGUAUAUGCCCUACUGGCAGAGUAUGUAUUUCCAUAUGUGGUCAAAAUAAGGUUUAUGGAAUUUGUGAUCUUUAUUAAAGGUGUGGUGAUAUUGGGUAUUGAUUUCAUUGAUUAAGAUGUAUUUAAGGGGACUACUUUUAAAAUAAGGACCGUCGCCAUUACGUUUUAGGUCUCUGUCGGGUCGGUUGUGUGGGUAUACGCUUUGUUUAUUGCCAUGGCAAACAGCUAACCCUCCGAUUGUGAAGAGCGUUCAGAUAUUCGUUUUAUAAACGCAAAAAAGUUCAUCCUGCUAAAAGUCACCAGCAGCUUGGUGAAUUAAGAGCGGAGCCUGCUCUCUAGCGGCGUUUUUCUGCUUUACAACAACGUUCAGAAUCACGGCAGGAGCUUAAACGCAACUGGAUCAUCGACCAUACAGCCCUAACUUGGCACCAUCAGACUAAUAUUUUGUUUCCAAACAUCAAGGAAUUUUUGUUGGAAAGUGCUUGGAAAAUGAUGACAUGUUGAAAGAAAUAGUUUCCAACUGGUUCAAUGGUCAAGCGGCAGCGUUCUUUGAUGACGGGAUCCAAAAGCUGGUAUCCCGUCUUAACAAAUGUUUGUUUAUGGUGACUAUGUUGAAAAAUAAAAAAGUGUAUGUCCAUCACAAAACGGUUUUUACUUAAAGAAUGGCCCUUAUACGAGUAUAAAUAUGAUAGUUGUUAAUAUGGGGUCGCAGAAUUUUGCUAAACCUCGAGAUAUCUGAGACCAGUAAAACAUCAAGGUUUUAUUCUGCAGUUUCAUAUUUCUGAUUUCUUUGAUAUUCUCACUAUCUUCAUUUUAACAACCUCCCUAAUGAAUAUUUAGUUAUGUAUAUAAAUGGAUUAUUCUUCAGUAUUUUUGUAACUGAAACUGGGCUACUUGAAAUUUCUAAAAAGUAGUUAUUUUCAUCAUAUGAUUUAGUAGAAAUUCUAAAAAUACUUUUUUUGACAUACCUUUGAAUUAAUUAAAUACUCUAUUAUUUAAAAAAAUAUAUGUUAAAUACUUGAAACAGUUGACAUGACACGCUGUAUUUUGGGUCAAAGAUAUGUCAAAUCUAUAAUCAUAUUACAUAUUUAUAGUUUAUGUGUAUAGUUCUUGAGUUUUUAUUUUAUUAUCGAAAUAUUAUUUCUGUACUUUGAAUGAAUAGAUUUUUGCUAUUUGAUUGAGUUUACAUUAUAGUCGCGAUAAAGUGUAGACGAUCUUCUAUUUUUGAAUUAUCAAGCAGUACAAUCCAAGCAUGUGCAGAGUAAUUUUACAUUGCUGUCACUACAUCUGAAUCAAAUAUUCUCAGGCUUCUUCCGCUAACCAUACAGCUUAAAAGAUAAUUUUAUGCCAUUGUUUAACAUUUUCUACCUGAAGGUAGCCAACUUAUACUAUAUUCCCUCGUCCGAAAUUUUAUUCGAGAUGAAAUCACAUACCGUAGCGUUAUUUAUGAGAACUUGCCACAGCUAUGUUUAUCCUCUCAGCAAUAAUUAGUAAUGUACUUUGAAAAGGUUAGUGUUCGUAGAUGUCGCUGUAGCUAGAUGCUCAUAUAUAGAAUAUAUAGUUGGAAAACAGCGCCAUCUGCGAUUUCCAAAGUGGAUUCUUAAUUAUUGUGGAAAGGAGAAAGAAAGAUGUGACAAAUUCUCUCUCUUUUUUAAUGACUUGUGUCUGGCACAAAUCUGUUUCCAAUUUGCACAGGAAAUUAAUUGACAGUCUUUAUUAUAUUAUAACUAUAUUUCUGAAAAAAAACAUACUAUAUAAUAUGUAAGAAAAAUAUAUGUGUUUGGUAUAUACAAUAUAUAAAUCACAGAUAAUCAUUUGGUGUAUACAAAGACAAGGUACAACAGAAUGCAUUAAAAAUUACUCAGACUUAAUUAAUUGUUUAUGUAUCAACACUAACAUUCAAGGAAAUACAUUAAUUAAAAAAUGCAACAGAACGUUGAGAUUUUUUAUAGAGUAUUAAUAAAACUUUCUUUUAUUAUAGCAACAUCCAAGAGUGGCGUAGCUUAUCGACAAAUCAAUGUUCGUGUUUUUGUUGCACAACAGAAUUAAAU